ACUGUGAAUAGUACUGGGCUGUGGAGGCUGACUCUCUCUAAGGACAUGUCUGUGUGUGUGGAUGAAUAGUAUUGGGCUGUGGAGGCUGACUCUCCCUAAGGACAGGUCUCUGUGUGGAUGAAUAGUACUGGGCUGUGGAGGCUGACUCUACGUAAGGACAGUGUGUGACUGACUGUAUGUGAGCAAAUGUGUGUGGAGGGACAGAGAGAGUAGGGACUGUUGUACUCUCCAGGAGAAGAGAAAAACAGAGGAGUGUGUUGAAAGAAGACAUUGUCUGUGUGUUGAGGAAGAGAGAUAGAGACUGAGAACGAGAGAGAGGAAGAUAGAGAGAGAUGGGACCGGUGAAGAGGUCGGGUAGAUUUGCUGCCUGACUCGGUUGCCAGGGGCUACCUGUGUAACUGUGUGUGUGUGUGUUCUCUCUGUGCAGAUAAAAAAUGCUGCGGCCAAUGUUCUGAGGGAGACUUGGCUCAUCUACAAACACACCAAACUACAGAAGAAGAUUGACCACUCCAGAGUCCGCAAACACCAGAGGAAGUUCCUGCAGGCCAUCCACCAACUGCGUAGUGUGAAGAUGGAGCAGAGGAAACUGAGUGAUCAGGCCAACACUCUGGUGGACCUCUCAAAGAUGCAAAGUGUGAUGUACGAGCUGAUGUCGGAGCUGAACGAUCGCAGUGAGGACCUGGAGCGACAGAUGCUGUCUCUGGAAACGCGGGUGGAACAGCUGACCGCUGGCUUUAGUGCCCUGCCUGCCCACCUGUCUGCCACUCUGUCUGCCCAGCACACCACCUUGCUCCACCUGCUCAGAGAGAGGGACUACAGGGGAGGAGGAUGGGGAGGUGCAGGUGGAGGAGGGACAGCCCUGGUCCCUGUUGCUCAGCUGGCCCCUGCCCAUGCCCUGACCCCAAGCCCAACCCUGGCCCCAGAGCCACAGCAGCCCCCAGAAGGAACCAUAGAGGGUAGCACUAGUGCCAAUACUAGCACCUCCAGUUGUUGAAGAGAGGAGGAGGAGAGGAUGGGAAAUGGAAAGAAGAGGUGAGGGUAGAGGAGGAGAUAGAGAGCCAGUAGGAAUACGGGAUGAGGAGGUCAGCCCCAAUACUAGCAACUUCAACUCUGCAGAGAGGAGGAGGGGGGUAGGGUAAGGGAGGGCAGCCAGAAGCCCAACACUAGCUCAUCCAGCUGCUAAGGAAAGGAGUAGGGAGGAG